CUGUACAAUUCUCCUUUAUGUGGUUAGUAAUUGUGUUUUGUGUGUGUGUGUCUGUCCCUCUCUGUAUCUGUGUGUGUGUGUUUCUGUGUCCGUCUCUGUGUGUCUAUGCCUCUCUGUAUCUGUGUGUGUGUGUGUGUUUCUGUGUCCGUCUCUGUGUGUCUAUGCCUCUCUGUAUCUGUGUGUGUGUGUUUCUGUGUCCGUCUCUGUGUGUCUAUGCCUCUCUGUAUCUGUGUGUGUGUGUUUCUGUGUCCGUCUCUGUGUGUCUAUGCCUCUCUGUAUCUGUGUGUGUUUCUGUGUCCGUCUCUGUGUGUCUAUGUCCAUGUCUCUUCAUAAGUGGAUGACGGCAGGCCGAGGGGUGGUCCAUGCAGAGAUGCCCGUGUCUGAGGAGCCCGUCCAGGGCCUGCAGCUGUGGGUCAACCUGAGGAGGGAGGACAAGAUGGUGGAGCCCCAGUACCAGGAGCUGAAGGACAGCCAGGUCCCCAAGCCCAGCAGGGAGGGGGUCACUGUGGCCGUCAUCUCUGGACAGGCCCUGGGGGUACAGGUGAAGAGCACCAUACUAACCAUAACCCUGGGUGUACAGGUGAGGAGCACCAUACUAACCAUAACCCUGGGGGUACAGGUGAGGAGCACCAUACUAACCAUAACCCUGGGGGUACAGGUGAGGAGCACCAUACUAACCAUAACCCUGGGUGUACAGGUGAGGAGCACCAUACUAACCAUAACCCUGGGUGUACAGGUGAGGAGCACCAUACUAACCAUAACCCUGGGUGUACAGGUGAGGAGCACCAUACUAACCAUAACCCUGGGUGUACAGGUGAGGAGCACCAUACUAACCAUAACCCUGGGUGUACAGGUGAGGAGCACCAUACUAACCAUAACCCUGGGUGUACAGGUCAGGAGCACCAUACUAACCAUAACCCUGGGGGUACAGGUGAGGAGCACCAUACUAACCAUAACCCUGGGGGUACAGGUGAGGAGCACCAUACUAACAAUAACCCUGGGUGUACAGGUGAGGAGCACCAUACUAACCAUAACCCUGGGGGUACAGGCCAGGAGCACCAUACUAACCAUAACCCUGGGGGUACAGGUGAGGAGCACCAUACUAACCAUAACCCUGGGGGUACAGGUGAGGAGCACCAUACUAACCAUAACCCGGGUGGUGGUAGUGGGUGUGGCUAGUUGUGCGGUUUUAGAGGCCCUCUUCUUGGCCGCAGAGACAAACUGCUGCUGUUUUAAAGCAAAUUUCCUGCAAUUCUAUACAUUUUGCCGCGGGGCAGAGAGAACAUUGUACUGUGUUUUUUAAAGCUAAUUUCAUGCCAUUACAAAAAAUGUGCCAUAGGGCUGAGAGAAGAUUUUAAAGCUAAAUGUCCUUCAAUUCUACACAUUUUGCUGUGGCUUAUGCCUUGUUCUUAUGCUAUCUGAAUGACUCAAACAGUAUAACAAAAUCAAUGGGGGCCCCAUGACACGAUAGUUUUUACAUUUUGGAUUCUCCCCGACUGUUUAUUAUUUAUUUUGGGGGAUUGUUAGUUCUCAGAGGUAAUCAUUAAAAUAUAUAUAUAUUGCUCUAUUAUAUUUUUUUACAUAUUUUAUCUGGGUUUUAGUUAUUUAAGUUUAUACAAGUUCUUAUGGAUGUUUGUUCUGACUUCCACAUGACAUCAACCAGUGUUUCCCCUAUACGCGCUUAGCAGCGGUGCACCACGGGAUGGUAAAAUUAUUUCUUAUUUUUACAUAUGUUUUUCGGUGGCGUCCACGAAUU